AUGGAAAACAGAGAAUGCGAAAUACGGAUUUUGAACGGCACGAGCUGCUCAUUUUACAGGUACAUGCACUCAGUAAAGCAUGGAAUUUGGUUGGUGAAUCCCCCAGAGUGUUUAAAGAUCAAGGGAGAAGAAAAAUGCAUCGCCAAGUUUACCAAAACGAUGGGGAACUUUUACGGCAUUGUACAAUACUGCGUAGUGAUAAAUAACGAAGAGUACAUUUUGAACGCCCGUUUUGACAUCCCGCUUCUGGGAGACAACACAGCUUCGGCCGUCCUUGGAAUGAACAUAAAAAAUGACAAGGCACAAAUGCUAUCGCAGCAAAGUUACUUCAUAGUGAAACACAGUUUCGAUAAUACGUAUAAUAGCAAAUUUUAUAUAAGCAUUUUGGAGACGGACGAAGGGAAGAGAUUUAUCGAAUACCACAAGAAGAAAUUAAAAAAAGGUUUGCUCAGAAUUUUGAACAUCCGAAUUAUAGAGGAGAAGGAGAGGUUAAAGUAUGAGAGGAGUGUGAAUAGCUGCGCGAGAAAAAAGGAGGGCGGCCACAGUUGCGGUUACAGUAGUUAUGCUAAUGAGGAGGACGGCCUGCUGAGGGACAGACAGAUAUAUAGCUCCUACCGAAAUGAAGAUAUUAUGGAAAUUUUGCCGCUAAGUUUUAUAGUGAACAUUAAGAAUUACGAAUGGAAGAAGCGGCUGAGAAAGGCACACAAAUCGCUGUACAUUUUGAUCAUCAAUUUUACCAGGCAAACGUUAACCCUAUCGGAUAGCAAAGGAUCCAAAUCGUCCAUUUUGACGGAAGGAAAUUGGGUAGAAUUACCAAGUCAGAAAAUAUCCCCCAUGAGGUGUACCGAAUUUGGCUGUAACAGUGAUGGCAUGUUUUCGAGCAUUAACGGAUUUUGUAAAUACAAUUUUAUGAAUGAGUCCUGCUAUUUGAACAUCUUCUGGGAUAUCAACAGCGUGAAUUCUAAGAUCAAAUGCAGCAUUAAGAACACCACCAAGUAUACCAUAAUAAAGAAUGUGGAAAUAUUUAACGAGUGCACCGCUGUUUUUCACAUUUUGGAAUAUUACUAUUACCCGCCGAUAAAAAUUUUGGAGUGUAAAGCUUUGACGAACAAUAUUAUUAACAAGUACGGCAUUACUAAGGAGAACGUGGAUGCCAAUUUGAGUGUCAUCUACCAGUGUAGCAUCAAUGUGAUUCGCCAGUUCUGCCAAUAUCUGCAGAAUAAUGCUUCGUAUGAGAAUGGCUCGAACGAGGAUUUCAUCAACCCGGGGGACUUCGGAAGGGUGAUGUGUGACGACGUGUACGGGUGCGAUGAGGACGAUUUGAGGAGCCACGGGGGCGGGGGCUCCAACUUUACGAAUAUGACCAGUUUGACCAGCUUGACAAAUUUUACGCAUUUGGGAAAGCUCGGCAACCGCGGCAAUUAUGGCAACCUUGGCAACAUUGGCAAUUUGGGAGGCAUGGUCCCCUCCCCGCUGUCCAACUUGGGCAAAAUGAAGAGCUACCUGUCACUGUACUCCAACGCAGUCGAGGAGAUGAUGCACAAGUCGCAGCACCUGGACAAGGCCAAAAUCGCCGACGAUAUCAUAAGCCUCAAGAAUAACAAGAGGGUUUACAGCCUCGACAGGAGCGGCGGGGGUGGCGGCGGUGUUGGAAGCGGGGUUGACGCGGUUGGAAGCGGCAGAGCCAACUACCUAAGGCACGCCGAUUUGCGGGCGAGCAUGAUGCAGGACAAGGGGUUCCAUUUGCUGAAAAAGAGAAACGCCACGUCGAGUAGCCUCUACAUAAACCGGAGACAAACAUUCACAAAUAUUAACAUCACCGCGGCGAGGGACUUCUUCUGCUACAUGCACGGAAAUAAUUACUCGAAUAACAUCCCCAUCAACUCCUAUUUGUAUAUCUCCUGGAACAUUGGAAAUAUUAUUUACAGAAAUUUGUAUAACUCCAGUGAAAAUAUAAUUAUUAAUGCCCACAGUCUGUUAAGCAGCCACAACAUAAACGAUGACGUAAUUUUGAAGCUUCGAAUUGAUGACAAUAACAGAAGGAUCUACCCGUUCAAUCUAAUUCACUCUCUCCUCAUGAACACACAGAGCAGCAUUUACAUUAACAAUGAGUAUGUUUUGCUGGACAUCAUUUUGAAUAUCUUCCACCUGUUGUCAACCCAUUUGUCUCCCAUCAUAGAAAGGACUUUAGAAGCUGAGUAUGGGAACAAAUGGCUAGUUGAUAGUAAAAUCCCAAAAAGUAACAUCUGGGAGAAAUCCAAAGGGAAAAACGAAUUAGACAUCGAAGGCAUUAUUCACAUCAUAACUACCUACUGGCUUGAUGUUUUUGAAAAGAAAAUUAAAAAUAUGGAAAUUUUGGACAACCUACAGAAGGCGUCCAUCUUCUGGGCCAAUCAAGAGAUUGACCAGUUCGACCAAGAGUUUGUGAAGAAGCUGAUUGAGAGCUCCUCGCUCCUGCUGAAGCUGUUUGGCGAUUACGGCGCGGCCAAGAGUAUUGAGAAGCUCUACUACAACAAGUACUCCAUUUUUAACGACAUCUGCGUGGAGUGA